AUGCUACCGCCUGAGUAUUCCGAUUAUACCGGAUAUAACUGUUUUGGAAAUACAACAUGUGAUGUGAUCAAUGGUACAGCAGGUUGCCAAAAAUGCAGUCAAAUAAUGUGUGAGUUCUGCCAGUUCGGUUUCCAGACGGAUAGCAAUGGUUGCGAGAUAUGUAAAUGUAAAACGAAUCCGUGUAUGGCUGAUCCAAGCCCGUGCCCAAAGAGCAGCGCCAAUCCCGUGUGUGUGGUACGAAACAAUAAGGCAGUCUGCGAGAAAUGUCCUGGGAUCUGCAUCAUGUCUUGUGAAUAUGGAUUUAAGACAGACAGUAACGAUUGCCCAGUGUGUGAAUGUAGAAGUAACCCGUGUACACAGUCGAAAUGCCCAUCAGACAGGUCAUAUUGUGUUGUGGAAAACUACAAGCCAGUUUGUCAAAAAUGCGGUCCCAUCAGGUGUAGCAUGUUCUGUGAAUUCGGAAUGGAGAUGGGUUCAGAUGGUUGUCAUAUAUGUAAAUGUAAAGACAAUCCCUGCAUGAAAAUGAAUUGUCCUCCUUUACACAUCUGUGAAGCUCAAAAAGACAGAGCGUGUAAGAAGCCCAUUGUCCUGCGAUUGCCAAGUGCAAAGAUCACCCCGCCUUAGCAUGUGUACAUCCAGAAAAAGAUGCAAGUGGAAAUAUAAAAACAUGCGGUACCAUGAAUUCCAAUUGCAGUGAUGACUACACUUGUCAGAUGUCCAGAGGCCAAUUCCCGGGUGUAUGUUGUCCUCUGGCGCAAUGUAGGUACUUCAAUAGGCUUUACAAUAUCAAUGAAAUCGUACCUUCUCUUGACGGUUGCAAUACUUGCUUCUGUAUGGGUGAUGGUAAAAUUGGAUGCACUACGAAGGCG